AUGUCUUUGGGAACAUUGCCACCACAGGUUGAUGGCGUCCAGGAAGCCAAACCUGCUCCAGUCAAGAAUCUGCCCAUGCCCGGAAUCCCUUACUUUCAUCCUAUACAACGGCCUGCACCGGGGACCUUUUUGGGAAUGCUAGACAGCACGCAACCCCGGCCGCUGCUAUUCACACCAAUCACCAUCCGUGGGGUUACGUUCCAAAAUCGUGUCUGGGUCUCCCCAAUGUGUCAGUACUCGUCGCCCGAUGGACAGCUGACGGACUGGCAUGUCGCACAACUCGGAAGCUAUGCAUGCCGAGGAGCAUCACUUGUCAUGGUCGAGGCAGCGUCGGUGACAGCAACAGGAAGAACAACCCCCGAAGAUGCUGGAUUGUGGAAGGAAGAGCAAAUACCCAGCUUUGCAAGGGCGGUCCAAGCAAUCCAUUCGCAAGGGCAAAAGGCCGGGGCUCAAUUGGGCCAUGGGGGCAGAAAGUCCAGCAUGCUAGCACCAUGGCUGGGCGUUGGAGUGGCGGUGAAGGAAGCCAACGGCUUUUUGGGAGAUGUGGUGGCACCGAGUCCAAUUGCAUAUGAUGAGUUGUACCCAGUGCCGCGUGAGAUGACCAUUGAAGAGAUUCAAGAGUGCAUCCAAGCCUUCGCACAAGCGGCAAAGAGGGCAGUUGCAGCUGGUUUUGACGUUGUCGAGAUCCAUGCCGCACAUGGCUACCUCAUACACACGUUCUUGUCACCUGUCUCUAAUCACAGGACCGAUCUAUAUGGAGGCAGCUUCGAGAACCGGAUCAGGUUUGCAGUCGAAAUCGUGACCGCCAUCCGCGCAGAGAUCCCCGAAGGCAUGCCUUUGUUCUUCCGCGUCUCGGCAACCGACUGCCUGGAGAACGGCCGCGGCUGGGACAUUGAGGAUACGGUGAAAAUGACUCGGAUUCUGAAGGGCCGUGGAGUCGAUCUGUUGGAUGUGAGCACAUCCGGACUUCACCCAGACCAGAAAAUUGCCGUCGGGCCUGCCUACCAAGCACCCUUCGCAGAGAUUGUCAAGACACAAAUCCCUGACAUCUUCGUCGGCUCGGUUGGGAUCUUACACCAACCUGAAGUCGCAAAUCACGUGUUAGAGACAGGUCAAGCGGAUGUCGUCCUUAUUGGAAGAGAGUUCUCGAGGAACCCAAGUUAUGUUCUCACAUUGGCCACAGAACUCGGCGUCAAGGUCAAGUGGCCCAUACAGCUUCAUCGGGCAGAGCCUUCCUACCGAGGCCGACGCCUGUUGAAUCUAUGA